UUUACUCUAAUAAAAACAGCUUGGCUUGUCUGAGCUUUCUCAUCUGUAAUUUACUGAAAUUUGAUGCUAUGUAUUACAUAUCUAUUCAGUGUUUUCCAUUCUUUUCCAGUCCAUGGCACGCUCCAGGUGUAAUGGAAAGGUCCUAUGUCUGUGUCUCUUGCCUUGUGUGAUGGUAAGUCACCUGUUGGUCUACAUCAUGGUGUCCAUAUUUGUAGCCGUCUCCUACUCCCCUCCUCUACCGCAACUGCCCCUCCAUUUCAUUGCCACCGGAGCCUCUGCAAACUCGGGAGAUCUUGCAUCCCAUCCACUUCGGCCCUUCUGGAAUCUCAAACUAGAGGACGGGGCACUGUGGAACCGCCUCCAGCACAUUUGGGACAGAGAGCACAACCCCAUAUUGAGAGGUAACGAUACAAGGUACAGAGGUGAAAUACAACCCCAAGAGAUGGGAAAAACUGGUGCCUGUGAACAAGACGAGGCUUGGGCAUCUCACCUGCCUGAUUUCAACACCCUUCCUGAACAAAUGAAGGAUUUUGUCCUGUCCAUGCACUGUAGGCGUUACUCUAUCCUCAUGGAUCAACCCAACCUGUGUUUCGGACAGGACUCUGAAACGCCGUUCCUUUUAAUGGCGAUUAAGUCACAAGUCGGAAACUUUGAGAACAGACAGGCCAUCCGAGAGACAUGGGGAAGGAGCGGACGAAUCCAAGGGGACAGCGGAGGAAGAGGCUGGUUCAUACGCACUGUCUUCUUGCUCGCGAGGCAGGACACCGAGACAGGGCCUCAUCCCGACCUGAGUGCCCUAUUGAAGUUGGAGAGCAGCACCCAUAAGGACAUCCUGCAAUGGGAUUUCAAAGACACUUUCUUCAACCUCACCCUGAAGGAUGUCCUCUUCUGGAACUGGCUUUCAAAGCACUGUCCUCAUGUCCACUUCAUUUUCAAGGGAGAUGAUGACGUGUUCGUUAGGACUAAGGCUCUGCUGGACUACUUAGACCAUUUUGGAGUACAAAAAACACAUACAAAUAAAACGAAAGGUUGGGACGAUUUCAUUGUAGGAGAUGUUAUUGCCAAUGCCUGGCCCAAUCGGCAGCCUCAUACUAAAUAUUACAUACCCGAAAGCUUCUAUAAGGGAACGUAUCCGGCGUACGCAGGCGGCGGUGGGGUGGUUUACACUGGUGCUUUGGCCAUGCGUCUGCAGGAGGUCUCUCGUUGGGUCAGCUUGUUUCCCAUUGACGAUGUUUACUUAGGAAUGUGCCUUCACAGGCUCGGGGUGUCCCCCACCCAUCAUUCGGGUUUCCUUACCUUCGACCUUCCAGAGGAUCUGCGGGAGAAGCCGUGUGCGUAUCAUAAUGUUCUCCUAGUGCAUAAACGCACCCCGAAAGAAAUGUUAACGCUGUGGAAAGAGCUACAGGUUCCUCCUCAGCAGUGCUAGUGUAAGGCAGGGCAGAUUGUUCACAAAUUCAAAUGAAGGUAAAUGACGCAGCGGAGAUCCAGAGUUCAAAGUUAUUUUCGUUUUACCACAAGGUAUUGUUACGCCAACUGGGCGUGUUAAUUUGUAUAAAAGGCCCUCAUUUGUUUGUGAUGUCGGGCUGUGUGUGCAGUGGUCAUUAUGAGAAGAUCAAAUUAGGAUGGGAAGACAGUAGACAAGCUAAAAAUGGCAUAAGAAGUCUGUAUACAACAUGGUUGACUUCACAAGAGAGGGUUGUUUUAUGGGAAUAAGAAUGAACAAGCUAUCUAGUGGACAAUUGAGGCAUCUUAUGUUAUUUUUUUAUUUUUUGUGGCCCAAACACAAUUAGGACUUAUAAAUCAAAAAAUGUCAUCAACAUAAUUCAGCUUUGUAUUUAAAAAGCUAUGCUACUGCUUUAUGUUAAAAACAAAAACUGUUUUAUCUGAAAUGUUUCAGAGAGGUUGUAGAACAUUUUUAGACAAUAUUUUUACACUUGGAAUCUAUAUGAAUUUUAUGCUUUGUUUGAGUUUCACAUAUGUGUCAUUUUCCUUUGUUUUGCAAGAAUUGCCAAUGUGGAAAUGGCUGGAAAAAUAAUUCAAGAGGAUCUGGACUCCAUUUUGGAGAUAUUGGAGUACAGGUGCUCCUCUGCUAAAUGAUCUGGAUGCCUGAACACCCCACAGACAUUGUCAUCUGAUUUAGGCCUUGUGGGCCUAAUUAUAGCCUGGUGUUGUUGGAGGUAUACUGAAUUACAACAACAAAACAUAAUAAGGGGAAAUAAUGAAUGACAAUAAUGAACAAUUUAUGAUUUGCUGAUUGGUCAUAGAAUUUACUUUGAUGCUUUAUAGUUUAAAUGUUAGUGCAUUGAUCCAAUUCAUGUAAAUGUGAAUGUUUAAAAGCAGUUUUAUGACUAAGAAUUUUAUUAUGUUUGUGUCACUUAUUAUUAUAAUCUCUGUUUUCAUUUGCUUUGAAUUGCUCUCUGUUAAUGUAUGUUUAUUAUUAUUAGUGGAAAUGGCCCUCUUCAUUUUUGAUUGAUCAGAAAGUCAACUUCAUCCUCCAAAUGUUUGUUAGUAAUCAUGCCAAAAGAAGCUUGUAUAUUCCUACUUAAGUUAUGUACAGACAGAUAUUGAAAUAAAAGCUGUUAAUCUCUAGUAAACUGUAAACUGAUUUGUUUAAAUGUUCAUAUAGUAUAUAGUAUAGUACUGUGCAAA